AUGAACUGGAGUGAUGUUCCCAUCAAACAGAGUACUAGGCAGAGGCUGGAAGGGAUUUUCGGAGAUCUCAAAUACCUGUGGUAUUCAUUUGAUGAUGCGGCUGGAGCCCAAGAGCUUUUGCGUUCGGUUUUGAAUGAGACCGAGUGGACUGAUUUUGGACAGCAGAGCGUUGAGGGACUGGUCGCUUGGCACAAAGCAUUUGGACCACAGGUUAAAAGGCAGCGUAUCCUGGACUGCAAUCUUAGCUUUGAGUACUGCACUCAUCCCAAACGGGACACAGCUAGUGCAGUCCAUGAGACAUUUGAGCAGAUCAUGAAGGAAGAUCCCCGCUUUAUGUUGGACACAGUUAAGCGCACUCAACGUAGGUCUGGGACUGGUGAAGGGCCGGAAACGAGAGCGGCCAGGGAGCAGAAAGAGAGGGAUAGAUACGCCCUGGAACUGGCAGGCAUCCUCCAGGAAGCCGUUUUGCCAGUGAGCCUCCAGGUAGCGGCACUGCAGGACCCGAACAAGGCGGCUUUGGUGGUUUUAGAACAGGCUGGAAGGAUACCAGACAGCAAGCAGCUGUCCAGGGAUCCAUUGUGGAAGGCACACAUCGAAAGUUGGAAACAGGAGUUGUCAACGAACUGUUUCCCCAAGGCUGCGAAACCAUACACAACAGCCAUUUUGUUGGCACUUGAGCUGUUUGUCAUGGAGAUGGAUCAUGAAUUCUGUCUGCGUUUAAUUGCAUGGUGCAUGCUGGUUUCGACAUGGGCUGCUAUGAGGGUAGACGAUUUGCAGAACGUCAUGCCCGAGACUGUCAGGCUCAGUAACCGUGGUUUGACGCUCAGGAUGGCAAGGACAAAGACAACGGGGGGCGCCAAACUGCAUGGACCGAUUUGUGCGUUUGUGGCCAGGGACAUUACCAUCUCUGGUUAUGACUGGCUCAUGGAAGGUUUUCAGAUGCUACAACGGGAGGACCUCAUGUUUCCCCGGGAUUAUUUUAUUCCAACGCCCGGCCGGGACUGGGCUGGAUUCAAGAACAAGAUCAUGGAACCACCUGCAAUGGCUAAUUAUUUCAGAAUUGUUUUGGGAAGACUUGGAACGCCACGCUAUCAAGAUGGCUAUUGGCGUCAGAAUCAGGCAAUGGAUUUGGUUCCAGGUGCCAUGCUGCUCUUCUGGUCGGGCCAUAGCCCGCGUCAUUAUUUGACCCAGGCAGCGGCCUCACUGGGGGUGGACAAAACGAAACGUGAUUUCUUGGGCAGGUGGUCUAUAGGGCGUACUGGAAGCAACGCCUAUUUGCAUACAUCACGCCAAGUGGUGGAAGAGGUGCAGCACUUGGUUAGAGAUGCGAUCGUGUUGGGCGCCCCAGUGUUAGAUGAAUCGGAAUUGUUGGAAGAUGUCAUGCAUUUUGCGGACAAACAUGAGCUGGUGGGACAGAGAGUCAGAAGACGCCACACACAUGAUUAUAGGAGGUCCAAUGCUGAGGAGGUUUUCAACACUUUUGAUUCAGACAUCGAGCAGGUCGAUGCACAGGAGAAACAACAGGUAAUUGAAGCAGUGCAGCGAGAGGCGAAUGAGAGCCAGGCCCCAGGGGGCUACUUCAUCACGACCUCCCGGAGGACAGGGUUCAGGAGAUUACACAUGCACGGGAAAUGUCCUGUGCGCUCAGACAGAUGCAUUGACUCCACAGAUGUUGAUAAUGUUCAGGAUGCUGCAUAUGAUGCGGUUUGCAAAAUCUGUCAACGUAGGAUUUCAGAAGAGUUGGGACGCAUGACAACAGACCAUGAUGCGUCGAGCGACUCAGGUGAUUCAUCAUCGACGAACUCGUCGGAAGACGAGGCCGAGGCAGAAGAGGCAUCGGAGUGGCAACCUUUGAUUUGA